UAGCCUAGGCUGCUCCAUGGCAGACCUUCACAGCUCAACCAUGGCACAAGCACAGACCCUGCUGCUCCUGCUCACUGCUGGCUGGAUGUCGGAGUACUAGCAUGGCGCAGCACAGCUCACUGUGAGGGGAGCAGGGACAUUUGGGAAAGGACGAGGGCAAGUGGGACGUGGCUGGCUGGGAGUCUUGUGAAUCUGCAGCCUAGAGCCUGCCUCACACAUACACACACAUGCAUACACAUAGGAGCAUGAUUUAGCUGUUGUCUGUUUAUACAUCUGUGUGCUGCUAGUGGUGCAGAGAAUGACUAAGGACGAUUCUUACCAGGACCACCAUCACUCACCAGAUCCCGGGAUGUAACCUGAGCCUGAAUUCUGGGCCUUUGCCUGGCUGGGAAGAAGCAAGACUUUUUUUUUCAGGCAGGGUGGGGUGGUGGAUGGCUUUUGUGGGUUAGUAGUGUUGUGACUUUGUUUGUUGCAGGAUGGAAGGAAGGAAGGAAAGAAGGUUUGGCUAGUGGCUGGAGAGGGACGGAAGCAAGAGGGUGAUCACCAUACUGGAACAGGAGCAGGAAUAUGGGAGAUAUGAAGACGCCAGACUUUGAUGACCUGCUGGCGGCCUUCGACAUCCCCGACAUGGUGGAUCCUAAAGCCGCUAUUGAAUCUGGCCACCAAGAUGUCAAUGAUGGACAACUCAAGCAAACCAAUAGUAGUGUGACUAACAAUGAGAAUGAUGCCCACAACCCCUCGGCUGUACAUGAUGUUGGUGUUAGUGUCAUUGUGAAGAACAUCCGAAACAUAGACACUAGUGAACACUGUGGAACUGAAUCGGAGAAGGGUGGGCAUUUCCAUUCGCAUUCCCAACUCCCUUCUGUUGGUAAUGGACUUCAUAAUGGUUUGGUGUCCACAAUACCAACUGGUGCUCAAUACACCAAGGAUGGAUGUAAAAUUCCCAGAGAGGAAAGACAGAAAAUGAACAACCAAUCAUGUACCUUGAAUCAGUUUAGUCCAAUCUCUAGUGCUGAAGAAUUUGAUGAUGAUGAGAAAAUUGAGGUAGAUGACCCAAUAGACAAGCAAGGAGGUCACACUUUAUUUAGGCCCACUGCUAAGAGAGGGGAGCAAAACUCCAAAUCUCCUAUAUUGGAAAGUGUUUCCAAACCCAAAAUAAAUGGAGACCAAAAGCCUGAUCUAAACAACAACAAUAACACUUCCAGAAGUUGUAAGUUUAAAAAUCCCUCUCAAUCGACUUUACCUGAGGGGGAACCUCUGGAAACUAUCCCCAAAAAUAAAGAGUGCAAGGAAGGUGGGAAGUCAACAGGACUUGGUAAUGCAUCCAAUAUUCCACUAAUCAAAGCCAAGUCCUCGAUGAAACUUUCAUCUUGUAUAGCAGCCAUAGCAGCCCUCAAUGCCAAAAAAGCUGGCACUGAAGACUUGGCUGCUUUGGAUUCUUCUACAACACAGAAAGAGCCAGUACAGGUCAAAGAAAAUCCCAGAGUUCCAGAGAAGCCACAGGAGCAGGAGUCAGCUGUGGAGUUUGCAAAGAAGCUGCAAACAAAACAACCAGACAGCCCCUCUAGUGUCAUGAGUGAGAGCAGUAGCAAAGGUUCCCCUGCCUCAAGCACAGACACCACCCCAGUUAUCCCAAAAGUCAGGAUCAAAACAAUCAAAACUUCAUCCGGACAGAUCAAGCGUACAGUUACCCGAGUACUCCCAGAGUUUGAUCCCGAGGGUCUGAAAAAAGGAGAGAAUAGCACAUCUGUCAUGGCAACCACCAAUGCCAUUUUUUCAUCCUCAUCAAGGCCCUCACUGCCAACCACAGUAGUAGCCACCACUGGUGGACCUUCAAUUGAAAUAACCAAGCAAAUGACUAUUAAACCUGUUGCAACAGCAUUCCUACCAGUCUCAGCAGUCAAGACGGCUGGAUCCCAAGUUAUUAACCUUAAAUUGGCUAACAACACUACAGUUAAAGCAACAGUCAUCCCUGCUGCAUCGGUACAAAGUGCCAGCAGUGCCAUUUUGAAAGCUGCUAAUGCCAUCCAACAACAGACUGUCAUGGUACCUGCCUCCAGUCUGGCAAAUGCCAAACUUGUGCCAAAGACAGUCCAUCUUAGUAACCUCAACCUUCUGCCUCAUACAGUGUCCUCUGCUGCCUGUGAUCUCCAACAGACCUUUUCCUCCUCCAAACAGCCCCAGCAUCAACAGCAAGUGAAACAACAGACAAUUCUUGCCAGCCAGACUUCAAAGAAAGUCUCUAGGGUUCAAGUGUUCACUAGUUCUCAAAGCUCUGUAGUGGAUGCCUUCAAUAAAGUCUUGAGUAGCAUGAAUCCUGUCCCUGUGUACAUUCCAAACCUUUCCCCACCAACCUCAGCUUGUAUCUCUCUACCCUCACUUGGCUACAAGUGCCUAGAGUGUGGAGAUUCAUUUGCUCUUGAGAAGAGUCUGACACACCACUACGAGCGCCGUAGUGUGCGGAUCGAGGUCACCUGCAACCACUGUGCCAAAAGUAUAGUGUUCUAUAAUAAAUGCAGCCUCUUGUCUCAUGCUAGGCGUCACAAAGACAAAGGAGUGGUUAUGCAGUGCUCACACCUAAUCCUAAAACCCAUCCCUGCAGAUCAGAUGAUUGGUACAUCAACUUCAUCAGGACCAGCUAAUGUUAAUAGCACCACCACUAGCACUCAAGCACAGGCAACUGCAAGUCAAGUCCAAGAGAAAGUAUCUGGUGCUGGGACCCAAGCUACAGUGAUUUCAGCACCGAGCAAUACCCCUGUUGCAGCAGCCAUGCCCUUGGAAGAUGAUGCAUCAAAGCUCUGCAGGCACAGCUUAAAAUGCUUGGAGUGUAAUGAAAUGUUCCAGGAUGACAACUCGCUAGCAAUGCACUAUCAACAAGCAUUGGAGUCCAGAAGUCAGAAAACAUGCACCAUUUGCCAAAUGCUUCUCCCAAAUCAGUGCAGCUUUUUGUCACACCAGCGAAUCCACCAGCACAAAUCUCCUUACAUCUGCCCUGAGUGUGGUGCCAGUUGCCGCUCUAUCCACUUCCAGUCACAUGUGACCAAAAACUGCCUGCAUUACACUCGGAGGGUCGGCUACCGCUGUAUCCACUGCAGUGUGAUCUUUGCUGAUGGUGCAACUCUAAAAUCCCACAUACAAAGUACUCACUGUGAGAUCUUCUUUAAAUGUCCUCUCUGUCCCAUGGCUUUCAAAUCUGCGCCAGGAACACACUCACAUGCAUAUACACAGCAUCCAGGACUGAAGGCAGGAGAGCCCAAGAUGAUCUAUAAAUGUUCCAUGUGCGAUACUGUGUUUACUCUUCAAUCCCUGCUCUACACACACUUUGACCAGCAUGUAAUCAAUCAUAAAGUUUCAGUGUUUAAAUGCCCCGACUGUUCCAUGCACUAUGCACAAAAACAGCUCAUGUUGGAUCAUAUUAAGGCCAUACAUGGAACCUUGAAGACCACAGAGGGCCCGCCAAACUUGGGGAUCAACCUUCCACUCAGCACAAAGCCCACUAAUUCUAACAGCAACAGCCCCCAUAAAAAUAAAGAUGGAGUAAAUAUAAAUGGUCAAAACAAGGGAGAAAAGAAGCCUUCAGCUUUGUCACUAAACAAAACCAACAGUAAGUCUUCAGCAGACUUAAAGAGUCCUCCCAGUUCAGGAUACACAUGUAAGGACUGCAAUAGCCUCUUCAGUUCCAGGGAGCUCUACGUGGUGCACAUGAGGCGAGAACACGGCAAGAUACUGAAAAAACACCCCUGUCGACAGUGUGACAAGUCUUUCAGCUCCUCCCAUAGUCUUUGCAGACACAACCGUCUCAAACACACGGGCUUGCGGAAGGUCUACACCUGCCCGCACUGUCCAGCUCUCAGUCAGCCCUUUACUAAAAGAGUGUUGCUGGAUCAGCACAUUCAACUGAUGCACGGAGUUAAAAAUGUAGGAGGAAAGACUAAUAACAAGGAGGCUUCACCUGGGAAAGAAAUGAGCCUCAAAAGCCCCAAAAGGAAGAGAGAAGAUGAUGAGGGAGGUCCAGGGCUGAACUCCAGGGGUACCAUCUCACAGCCACUGAAGAGGCUUAAGGUGAACAUCCUCAAAGUUCACAAGUGUGCUGUCUGCAGCUUCACCACAGAAGAUAUUGCUGCUUUCCACGAGCACAUUCCUCAGCACAAGUCUGACGGCUCGUCUUACCAGUGUCAAGAGUGCGGCCUGUGCUACACUUCCCACCACUCACUGGCCCGACACCUCUUUAUUGUUCACCGGCUAAAGGAGCCUCACGGCCUCGCCCGAUAUAAAGGGCGGACCAAGGAAGAUGAGGAGAGUCAAAGAGAGAACCAGUUAGAUGUUACAGAUGAGAACAGUGACGGGACACCAAAUACUAAAUGCAAGGUGUGUGGGAAGAUGUUUGAAACAGAGGGAAACCUGAACACGCACAUGAGGACACACGGGAUGGCGUUCAUAAAGGCAAAGAGACUGAGUGCAGCCGAAAAGUGAACGGAUGACACUUUUUACUCAUUCCACCGGAAGCUAAAUUUCAACUUGUACAGCUUGUUAAACCUUCAGUACCUCCACUGGCUGUCUUUAUGCUGUAGAUACAUUGUGUAAAUGCAGUGUUCUAUAACAUGUAUACAAUAUAUACACAAAAGUACGUGAUAUACAUCAAAGUCAGUUAACGUGUCUCAGUAAAUUGAACAAAAUAGUUUCUGGUAGAGAUGUUUCUAAAGCCUUAAAUAGAAAUUUUUAGAAGAGCCUUUUAUGUGAAACAGUUUCCGUAGUUGUCUUCUCACUAGGACCACAUAAUAUAUGGAUAUUAUAAUGUAAAGUAGCAUUUUAAAUUUUCAAUGCCUAAUGAAUGUCUGUUAGAAACAUAUAUCAACCUGUGGAAACUUCAGCUUUCCCGUAGCACAGUUAACCUGAUUUGAAAUUGUUUUUGAAUUUUUUAUGGAUUCUAUUUCCCUUUAAGUCUUACCUUCUACAACAAGACCCUAGUUCUGAUAAUACACCUGAAAACUAUUCAUCCCAAAAGAACAUGACUGCAGUAACUUUGAAAAGUAAAUAUCAGAACACUCCAGGACAAUCAGUUAAAGAACCAGUCUCGUGUCAUUAGAAUUUUCAUGCCAGUUAUUAACAUAUCAACAAAGUGUGGAAAAUUGAAACAUUUAUAUAUGUGACACAGCAUGCGAAAAUUAGGAUGAAGUCUAAAAUUUUAAUUUUACAUUUUUAUGCAAAAAAGUCUUAAACAGAUGUAAAUAGAUGUAGCAGAUGUAGAGUUUCCUGUGCUGUGUCACACAUGAGUUUAAAGCUCCCAACUUUACUGAUCAUAAAGUCAAACUUUACUAUAUCUUUUAAAGACACCUGCGGGCCAGAUUUCCUUUUUAAAAAGCAUUUUGUAAAGGCUUGUGACACUUUUGUUGAUGGUUCAUUACUGUCUUAAUAUACUAUAAAUGGCAGCUCUUUGAGAUUACAAUUCACUUAAAAAUGUUAUGUAAAUGUAAUGUACCUAAAUAUUGUAAAUAUGAGACAAACCAGCUGCCUCCCUUUGAAAAGCAGUCCUCUUUACAGUAUAUUAAUGUAAUUCUAUCAUUAACAGCACAAUAACAGUAAAAUUGUAAUGACACUAGAGUAUCAUUUCAUUUUCUGCCUUAUUAUAUGUGUGUCUGUGUUUCUUUUUUUCAUUUUGCGGUUCUUCAAGCUAUGCCAUUAUGACGAAUGUUUGCUGACAGGAAUUAUACAAAAAAAAAAAAACUUUUAAAGUAAAAGAAAACUUCUAUGAAUGUAAGCUCGGCUGUGAAUAGGUGACAGCCGGUUCCGUGACAUGAACACUAUCUCAAGACUGCUUUUCUUGCUUUCUUUGGUCUCAAUAGUUGUUUGUUUUUUGGUUGUUGUUGUUGUUUUUUUACAAUGACAAUAAGACUUUAAAUGUCUUGCACUGUAAAACUGCAUGCGAGAAGCAGUCUGUUGAUUAGAAUGUGUCUUGCUGAUGCUGCUGCUGCUGCUGCCAUUUUUAAACAUUUCUGAUGCUUGUGUAUAAAAUUGUUCUUUGUGUCAAUAAAUGAUG